CAGAUAUUAACAUGAGGAGGAAAGACUGCAGAGAGGGAGAGAGACUGAAGUGUUGGAAAUACGCUGCAUCUGUUUACUGACACAGAAAUAAUCUCUGGGAUCACUUCAGGCCUCAGAACAGCUUAACAGUGGAUGGCAAUGGCGCUGCCUGCAGCCUUUCUGUCUGAAGACCAGUUCACCUGCUCCAUCUGUCUGGAUGUGUUCAGGAACCCAGUCUCAACACCAUGUGGCCACAGCUUCUGCCAGGCCUGCAUCUCUUCCUACUGGGAUGGACCAGGAGGAGGAGUUGGAGCAGGGGGAAGGGGCGCCAAGUCCUACCAGUGUCCCCUCUGCAAGGAGUCCUUCCGCAAGCGACCAGAGCUCCAUAUCAACCGAACCCUGAAGGAAAUCACCGAACGGUUCAAGGAGAUGGCCAACUCCGGGGUGCCAUGGGAUGGAAGAGAUGGAGGAGGAGUAGAGAAUCCAAACUCACAUCUGCACCAUCAUCAUCACCUGGCCCUGACAUCGUCAUCAUCACCCCAGAGGCUGGGGGAGAUGCCAGAGACAGUCUUGGCUGAGAUGAUGACUCGUUUUCAGAUGCUGUCAACUCCUGUCCUUCACCCCCAAAGCCCCGGUUCAGUCAGUGCUCAUCAGUCCUUCCAGGCGCAGAACCAUGAGCCCCAUGACCCACCUCCGCCCUACUCACCUCCACCGUACUCACCUCCCCGCAGGUACACACUGAGUGGCUCCAUUGAUUCUCCCCCGAAUCUGCCUCUUUGCCCCGCCCACAUGAGAGGUCUCGAGUUCUUCUGCCGUACCGACAACACCUGUGUCUGCUGCACCUGUGUGGAGACAGCGGAGCACCGAGGACACAAUAUCAUCCCUGCCAAGAGAGAGUGGCACAUCAAGAAGUCCCAGUUAGGUAUUGCAGAGGUGGAGCUGAAGGAUCAAAUCUGUGAGAGAGAGAGGAAAGUGGAGGAAAUACAGAACUCUUUACGAGAGAUACAGGCCGCUGCUGAGAGAGAGACAGAGGGAGCUGUUUGUGUGUUUACAAAGCUGAUCUCCAGUUUGGAGCGCUGCCAAGCUGAAGUCUUGGAGGUGUUAGAGAUGACUCGGCGGGCGGCUGAGCACAAAGCCAAAGGCCUGCUGAGAGAGCUGGAGGAGGAGCUAACUGAGCUGAGAAAGAGGAGAACAACACUGAGUGAGCUGGCUCUGUCUGAAGACUGCAUGUUCUUUCUCAAGACAUUCUCUGCCCUGUCCACCCCUCCACAAGCUAAGGACUGGUCCAAUGUCUCUGUGGUGUCUGAGCUGACCUCAGGGGUGAUCCUCCGGACUGUCAAUCAAAUGAUGGAGCGCUUUCAGGAAGAGAUGCAGAAACUGCCAGAAGUCUGCCAGCGAUCUUUGGCUGUACCCAGGUCCAACCCAAAGGUAAGGAGGGUUCAGGAAUAUGCAGCCGACAUCACUUUAGACCCCAACACAGCCCACCCACGUCUCAUCAUCUCAGCGGAUGGGAAGCAGGUGCACUGUGGCGAACGCCAUCAGACGGUACCCGACAACCCUGAGCGCUUUGACCGGGUGGUGUGUGUGUUAGCCAGCCAGGGCUUCAACUCAGGACGGCAUUACUGGGAGGUGGAGGUGGGAGGUAAGACUGACUGGGACCUGGGAGUAGCGAGCCGGUCCGUCAAUCGGAAGGGCAAAAUCACCGUAAGCCCUGCCAAUGGCUACUGGUUCCUCAGCCUGCGGGAUCGGACCGACUACGCCUUUCGGACAGAGCCCUCAACCAGCCUGACAGUCAACCUCAGACCCUCCCGGAUCGGAAUCUUUGUGGACUGCGAUAAGGGACUGGUGUCCUUCUACAACGUGGAAGCCAGAUUGCUCAUCUAUACAUUCACAGAUAUUUUUUCUGACACCAUCCAUCCAUUCUUCAGCCCCUGUACUAACAAAUCAGGACGGAAUGAGGCUCCGCUAAUCAUUUGCCCUAUUGCAACAUGGGAAUGAAAUGAGCUUGAGGACGUCUUCACUAAUGAGGAAUGCUUCCACAUGCUUUCAUGUAUAUUUAAAGAAGACUGAGUUGCACAAACACACCACUGGAACAGACCACAUCUGUGGUGUGGUUGUUUUAUGCGCCAAUAGCAACACUGUUAGACUGAUGUUAGCAGUAGCCGCUUGAAACAAGGUUCCCUGUACAUCUUCCAGCAGCAUAUGGCUAAAUCAGGUGCAAGGACUGAUUAUUUUACAGGCUUUAAAUGUGCAGACUAAUGUUUCAACAUCUCUGUGUCUUCACCACAGUCAAAGGUGGUCGUAAGCACCUGUUUAACUUUGGUGGCACCAUUGUCAGUCGACACAUUCUGCACUGACUCCUGCAGAAGUCUGGGGGGAAUUUCCCUGAGGAUACAUUUUGACAAACUUAGCAGCUAAACUGACCAUUUUAAGGCAUUUUGAAUCAAAAACCGAGAUCAGGGGUUCUGAAAAUGUUGAUGACUGAGUGCCGUGUAGGGAGCCAGCAUAUAAUGAAGGGCCACACAGGAGAAGUGCACACACUAUCACUUUUCUAUUACUUUUUUUAAUGAUGUUUUAUGAAUUUGUUUUUAUGACACACUUUACUGUGACUUUAUUAAUGAUUUAAAUGAGUUUCUUAUGGCAUACUGUACUAUGACCUAUUUCUAUAAUGUUUUUAUGACAUGUUCUCACUUACCAAAAACUCUAGCAGUUGACAAUGAUACAAGCUACACAAAUAUCAUGUUACAUCCUAGUUUUCCACUUUUUAAUACAUUUGAAAGUCAUGAAAUAAAGACAGUAGGGUGUUUGAUAUUGAUUGUACCUUCCACAGCAGUCAAGCAAUGGCUCCUGCUGGGGUACGGCAACACCACUAGUACACACAACUGACAUAACUGCAGUACUCUGUGAUAUUAGAACUGGAAGUAGUUGCAAUUUGUUACGUUUAUUUAUGAUUAUGAUAACAUCCACUAAUGAUUAUGUCAUAUGGGUGAUUGCCUUUUGGAGCAUAGUAAAUUCUAUUCUUUAAUUAUCAAUAAAUUCGGGGUGACAUUUUGAACAA